AGUAAAGGAAUAGCACCUAAAAUGCGUGAUCUACACCUUUGCCAUCAUAUGACUCUUCCGAGCGACCCCAGGAGUGUCUAAUUCAUAUUCAAGAUGCGAGGACCGCCAUUGGACAUCUACAGCACACUCGUAUUAAUAUUCACAAUCACGUCACUCACCAUUGGGAGAUUACCCCGCGACGUCACACAGAUCUUAUAAACAUUUAAGAUGUCGGCCUUUGCCAUAGUAGUAUUAGUAACUUCGGUAGCGAAAGCUCAGUUGAGCUUUAAACGGCGCGUGGGAGGGAGCACAGCGGAGAACGGUUUCCGUGACGCCAAAAUGUUCGCCAAACGAGAAGGAGUGUUGCGGAGCGACUAGUCGGUGGGAGCUGAUGGCCUCGGUGGAGUUGCUUUUUAUAAACAAUAGAGGGGGUACACCUGAUCCCCCUGGAGUACCGGAGUGGUCUUCUAGUCCUCUUCAUGUCCACAGAUUGAACAGCUCGCCGGAGGAAUCUUCCCCCACUCGGAAGGCGCCUCCUCAUGAGGCACAAUGUAAUUCAGCACCACGGACGGCUCCCAGUAAAGGUCAACAUGGCCACCACCGGCAUCAGCCCGCGGAGAAGGUCAGAGUCUGCUGCGACGAGGAGCUCGAGACGUCGUUCACGUAUGUGGACGAAAACGUCAAUCUCCGACUGGCCACUCCGGACACUAGCGUGAAAAGUCCUCGCCAGCUCCACGACUCCACGAGCGAGAUCCACCCCGACGCGCCGCGGGACUUAUCGCUGAUGUCCGACAUCGACAUCAGCUCGGAGAGUUCGGGGAAGUCCGUGGAUUACGGAUUCAUUUGCGCGGUCACGUUCCUUAUUACAGGGAUCUCACUGGUGAUCAUAUCGUACGCGGUGCCACGGAGCAUCGGAGUGAACCCGGAAAACGUGUCCGCGCGCGAAAUGGAAAGACUGGAGAACGAGAGCGCCAGGAUAGGCGCUCAUCUGGACAGGUGCGUUAUCGCGGGCCUUUGCCUUCUCACUUUAGGGGGAGUGGUGUUGUCCACUCUGCUGAUGAUAUCCAUGUGGAAGGGCGAGAUGUACCGGAGGAAAGCCUUCGCCUAUUCCAAGCACUCCGCAAAGCUUUACGGUUCAACUAAUUUGAGAACAAGAUCGAGUCCCAGUCGCUCGUCCACACCGCACAGUUUUGUCGAGGAGGAGAAUGGCGAUGCCAAUAGUUGACUAUUAAUCCUUAUAGGACUGACUAAAAUGACUUUGACCUUUCCAGCAUGGCCAAACGAGCUCGUUUUCUGCCCUUGGAUAAGACUGAUAUGGAUGAACACAAUAUCACGUUACAGAUUUCUCAGGCUCCAAGCAUAUGCAGCAUGCUGAUUUUGCAUUUAUCAUAAAGUAACUUAGUGAAUAAACAAAGUUUGGUUUUGUGCCAAGCAUUAAAAUAAGUCUUUGUCUAUACAAGCAUUAAAACUCAGAGAGUUGCAAAAAUUAAUAAAUAUAUACAGAUUUUCCUACAGUACUGAAUUAAUCCACUACUCUUGAUCAGAAUGCUGCUGCUAAUACUGACAGUCUUACUGCCUCUUUAUUACAUGUUCAGAUCCCAGUGAAAACCAAUAGAUGCUCACCUCAGCCAUUUCAUUAAAUGUUAAGACGCGACUAUAGUGAUUGAGGGCUAUAUUCUCUGGUUUGGAGCCCAGGUAGCCAUGCAUUUAGAUACUAAAAAAGACCCGUGCGACACUGCAAAGAAUGACAUUAUUUUCUCACAUGUCCUUGAUAGUUAAUUUGUGGAAAGGCCAAUGCUUUUCAUACCUUCUCCCUGCAAGCGCUAACAUUAUUAGCUGCCACAAUCAUCUGCUUUCUUUUGGAAAUUUAAAGCCAUCUGUCUAAGAGAGGAAAGCUGCAGUAUCUUCAUGACGUACAGAGUAAAAACAUAUUAGACCCUGUAUAACAAUGCAAAAUAAUUGUGAAGCCUUCUCCACGCUAUUUAUCCAGACUGUGAAUUACAUAUAAAUGCGCUCUCAGAUGUAAUGCUGCUGACACUAAUGACAAUUCAUACAACUCAUAUAACAAAGAUUCACUUUAUGAGGUGAAAAUAAAAGUAUAUUAUUCUUCA